AUGGCCCAGGCCCAGAACCCGGAUGACACAGACCUGGAGCAGAAGAUCCUGCAGCUGCUGAGGGAUGCCGGCAGCCCCAUGAAGGCCGCCAAGCUGGCCAAACACUGCCAGGUGACCAAGAAGCAGCUCAACCAGGCCCUCUACCGAAUGAAGGACUCGAAAGUCACCCUCUCGGCCGACGCCACAUGGUCCUUGGCCGAGGAUGGGCCCAGGAACCCGGUUCUCUCGGAGCAGACCCAGCCCAGCCCAGAAAAGAAUAUUGCACCCCAAGAGGUGAAUGCAGCAGUGGUGCCCUACAGCGGGGGCGCGGCGGGGCUGGAGGUGACGCCAGCUGAGAGGCCCCAACAAAAUGCUCUGGCGAUUCCGGGGAGUCUCCGUCACCCGCUCUCUGAACGGCAAAAGGAGAUCUACAGGCUCCUAGAAGCCCGAGGGCCCCUCAGGGCCUUGCACAUCGCCCAGGCCCUGGGGAUGAGGACAGCCAAAGAUGUCAACCCCGAUUUGUACGCUCUGAGGAAGCUGCACCUUCUGGACUUGGACCCGGAUUCGAAAAUGUGGGCAAUUUAUCAACCAGAACAAUCUGGAGGGACAAAUCCGGCUACCACAAUUAUUGUCCAGAAAAAUCCAAUCAACAUGAUCAGCCAGAAUGGACCGCAGAGUGGCAUUUACAUUCAGAACUGUGCUGACCUUCAGAUUGGACAUGGGAACAUCAUCAUGAAGCAAGAGGGGCCUGGUGCCAUGGCUCCCCACCACCCCCCUCCACCUCAGAAUCCCCCCCCUGGAACCAGGGGGUCCCAGAACAUCCACGUGGAGAAGUCUGUGCUGCAGCGGGUGCAGCUGGGACACGCCAACCUGAUGCGCAUCCACAGCGCAGCGCCCGGGGACCCUGCCCACGGCGCCUGGAGCAGCCCCCCAGCCUCGGCCACCACUGCCGCCCCAGAAGCUUCUUUUGAAAUUCCAUUGUCCCAAGAGGGACCUGCUGCCGAGGGGGUCGCGGCGCAGCGAGUCCACAUCAGGGAGUGCUCCCUGGAGAACGUCGCCAUCGGCAACAGCAACAGCAUGACCAUCAGCCCAGGGCCGGCGAGGCCCGAGGGCGCCCCAGGGCCUGGGGACGGCAAGAGGGGCUCUGGAGAGCCGGGAGAGGACGCCGGCCUGUCACCCCCCGACUCUGAGGACGCCCAGGGACUCGGAAUCCAGGCCUGGAGCCAGCUGCUCGGCCCGGCCUGCUCUGCCCUUGGCUUCGAGAGCCUGGCCCUGCAAGGGACGGUGAUGCCCCCGAGUGAGGCGGGCACGGCUUUAACCACGCAGGUAGGAGUGUCAGCCCACCUGAGGCGUAGCUGA